ACAAACAAUCAUUAUAAUUGUGAAGAACAAGAUUUUGUUGUUCUAUUUGACGGUCCAGCAUCAUUAAUUACCUCGAUCACUAACGACAACUCGACUUUAUAUACGUAUAUCGUAGAGACAGACAAAAUAGUGUUUGCUCUCAAAAAAAUUAAAAAAACAUUCGCUUGUGAAAUCCCUGUAAUUCAAACAGAACAUACACAAUUACUCAUUCUUACGGAUACCAUGUUUUUAAAUAAUUUUCAUAUAAAAUCAAUUUCUCCGCAAAACACUGAUUUAAUAGCGUAUGUAAAUACAAAAUUUGUAUACGUUGAAAAUUUUUUUAAAUCAACAAUAACAGCAUUAUAUAAUGAUUUAUUACAAAAACAAUGUGUGCUUGAACGGCAAUUAUUACAGCAAAGACUUACCUUAGCCUCAAACAAUCUUCCCGAGUUUGCAUAUAUUAUGGGUGGAGGGCCUGGAUUCACUGCCGUCAAGCACGCCGAAAUAAUUUAUUUAAUAAAAUGUAAAAAAGUUAGUGUCGAGGUAACUAAAAAAGACACGUCGUGUUACAAUGAAUUAACAGUUUUGUAUAAUAACAAAACUUAUUACAUGGCUCCAAAAACGCAUACUUUACAAAAAUAUGGAACGCAAAUUAAUUGCAAUUCAUUAUUCCCACCUGCAUUUAAUUUAGAUGGAAAUUGGUAUGGAUUUUUUCCAAAUAUUCAAGAAAUAAAAACGCCACAGAAAUUAAAACCAAAUACGGCAUGGACGUGGACAUACAAAAGCUUAGAUUUUCUCAUGAAUUCCGGUAUUUAUACAAAAGAUACAAUGAAAGCUUUCCAACAACAUAUAAUAUAUCCCCAAGAAGUGGACGCUGUCAAAAAUAAUAUAAUUAGACAAUCUAUGGGUUACGAAACAGUAAGCCAAGGCCUUCAAUUUAAAUAUUUGAUAGACGAGAAUUCACUAGGAAAAAUGGUUGAAGACAAAUUAUUUAAAUUAUGGGGUUGGUUUACUACAAUUGGGACUUUUGUAUCGGGGUUAAUGGGGAUAUUGUUUGUCGUAAAAGUUACAUUAACACUCGUCGAUACGGGUAUUAAUAUUACUUUUUUGUAUAAAACUUUUGGGUGGAGUACGAAGCUUUUAGGUUGUUUUUUUUCUAGCAUUACUCAUCAUUUAAUACUUAGGUAUAAUAAAAAUAACUAUUCAAAAAAUAAAGAGUUUGAUGAAGACUCGUUAGAAAUAAAAACCUUUCAAUGUCAAAAAAAUAAAAUAAAUAUUUAUCCAAAUUUACAGCACGAAAUGGUAUAA